CUGACCGCGCCUGGAUGUGCUGUUUUAUUAACCCAGCAGUUGGACACAUGGAUUUGUAGCUGCCUAGUUCUGGCUGGACAUUUUUCAGAUGAUCCACGUAAACGAAACAGGAAAGUUAACAAUUGAUGAAGCAUCUCAACAAACACGUCAAUGCCAUUGGUAAAAAUGCCGGGUCCACAGCAAUCCUCAGGCAGCCGUAGCCGUAUGUACCGUGAUAGUAGCCCUCCAGCUAGCUCAAGCCGAAGCCGUGUCUAUCACGAAGAUAGCCCUAACACUACUAGCUCAAGCCGUAACCGUGUCUAUCACCAAGAUAGCCCGUCCACUAGCUCAAGCCGUAGCCGUAAACCCAAGAAGACUUCUAGGCAUAAGCACAAACGCUCCAGGGAACGGGAGCGACGAGAACAAGUACCAGAGGUCAAGCCUCUAGUCGAGUACGAUGACAUUAGCAGUGACGAGGAGGUGUACUUAAGCCCCUCCCCACCUGUACAGUUUGUCUCAGAAACUAAAGGAAACAAGAGCCACCACCGAUCAGUUUCGCCGGCGACAGCUUUGAAAGAGUACAGAAAUGUUCAAGAGGGAAGAAACUCCCCACACGUACGAACUUCUUCUGGUAGCAGCAGGUCUUCUCGACCUAGUCACAGUGCUGUGGAGCAGCCGAAGGCCUACAGACAUAAAUCUCCACCAAACCCUCCAAGGGCUUAUCAAGCAUCUCCAGAUCCCGUCAGGAAAGUCGAGAGCAAGCGAUCUCGAUCUCCCAAGCAAAGCUCUCGCCAUGCGUCCCCGAGCCUGUCGAGGAAGAAACGAUCGGAUAAGAGCCAACGUUCCAGACGCAGUCCAAGCCCAAGUCCAAUGCGUAGAAGGCGUAAUACAUCCAGGUCAUCGAGUAGAAGUCCUACUUACAGUAGGAAGCGUUCCCGAAGAUCAAGAAGCUACAGCAGGAGCCCUUAUCGCUCUCGGUCAAGAUCCAGUUCAAGGAGCUACCAACGACGCAGGAGCCGUAGUCCACUUUUUGAUUUCUCCGCGGCCAAAUUUAAAAUGGGCCUGGGCUCUGAGCUGAAAAAACACAAGAAGAUUGUGGAGAUUAAGUCCAUGGAUGCAAUGGCAAAUAAGGGGAUGUCACGGAAGGGUGCGGUUCAGGAGGUGCAGUCACCCGCGACGCCGCCUAUCCAACCCACAAAGAGCUACAUGCAGCACAGUGACAGCCCGAUUAAAGUAACAAUAAAAAAUGAGGCUGCCCUUAGCAGGGUCAAAGAACAGUCUCCAGAAAGGACAGUGAUGGAGGUACCCAGCCUCCGCAAUCAGCCCUUCCAAAACUUACUGAUCAGGAAGGAAGUGAAACCUGACGUUAAGGCUGAGCCGCCCCUUCCCGCUCCUGCCAAUAAACCGCCGCUUCCUCAAGUUCCGACCCUACCUCCUCUUCCUCUACCUCCAAUGAUCGACGAAAAACGUUUUGACACGCCUGCUCGAGUCAAGGAGGAAAAACCUCGGCUGACGAUGAAGGAUCUUCCGCUGCCGCCAUCUGCACCGAAGUCUGUAACGAGCUCUCCGCGUCUAACACCAACCGUACAUUCCAAGCUGUUGAGGGAGGCCACGAAGCCAGUAGUCAGUCAUAAGAGAGAGAAGAUUAAGAAGAGGAGGGUAGAGAAGGUGGAGAAUGAACCAAACUGGGGAGAGAGGUGUGUGGAUGUCUUUGAUAUUGUGGAUCAGGUCGGGGAAGGGACUUAUGGGCAGGUGUACAAGGCAAGAGACAAACAAACAGGUGAAUUGGUCGCCCUUAAAAAGGUCCGGACAGACAAUGAAAAAGAGGGCUUUCCCAUCACAGCUGUCCGAGAAAUCAAAAUCUUGAGACAGCUGAACCAUCCCAGUGUCGUCAAUCUUAGGGAGAUUGUCACUGAUAAGCAGGAUGCUCUAGACUUCAGGAAAGAUAAAGGUGCCUUUUACUUAGUGUUUGAAUACAUGGACCAUGAUUUGAUGGGGUUGUUGGAAUCCGGACUGGUGAAUUUCACCGAGGAGCACAUCCGUAGUUUCAUGAAGCAGCUCCUCGAUGGCCUUAGCUACUGUCACAAUCGCAAGUUUCUCCACAGGGACAUCAAGUGCUCCAACAUUCUACUUAAUAACAAGGGCCAGAUCAAACUCGCUGACUUCGGUCUCGCCCGCUUGUACCAUGCUGACGACAAGUCCAGACCAUACACAAACAAGGUCAUCACCUUGUGGUACCGCCCUCCGGAGCUCCUUCUCGGAGAGGAGCGUUACGGACCGGCCGUCGACGUCUGGAGUUGUGGCUGCAUCCUCGGGGAGCUGUUCACCAGGAAGCCGAUCUUCCAGGCUAACCAGGAGAUCGCUCAGCUUGAGCUGAUCAGCAGGAUUUGCGGCACUCCGGCGCCGGCAGUCUGGCCGGAUGUGAUACGACUACCGUUGUUUCACACAAUCAAACCAAAGAAGACCUACAAUAGGAAGCUGAGAGAUGAGUUUGCCUUGUUGCCAAAGCCUGCACUAGACCUCUUGGAUAAAAUGUUGACCCUUGACCCAGAAAAGCGCAUCACCGCUCCAGAUGCCCUCAACUGUCCCUGGCUAAAGACGGUUGACCCUAGCAAGAUUGUCGCACCAAACUUACCUUGUGGACAAGAUUGUCAUGAACUGUGGAGUAAACGGCGAAGACGUCUUGAAAAGCAACAAGCUGCUCAGUUACAGUCGUCCUCCUCAAAGCGAAAGGAGGUGGGACUCGGACUCGUUACUGAUGAAAACGUCAAGAUCCCAGGGAUAAGUGGAGGCGGAGAAUCCGCUCCACGAUCAGGAGGAUCUAAAGGAGGCAGGAGUGUCCCAAGUGAUGGUGGAGAACCGGAAGGUCAGGAUGCUGGCGGUAAGUCUAAUGAGAAGCAACUGGCAGUGUUGAUGACUCUGCUUCAGUCGCAGCCAUCUCUUGAUGUGAACAAACUCGCUGAGGCUCUUAACAUGAAGGUUGACAGGAGCACUAUUAAGCUGCUGGAAAACCUGAACAUGCAGUUGCUGAUUACCGCUGCUGCCGCUGACCAGACUAAAGGUGGAGAUGGUGCAAAAGAUGAUGCAAUUGUCACCAAAACUGCUGCUCUACUUGCCCUCCUCAAAGGUACCACAGGAACAAAAAGCGACAACUCUGGAAGUGCUUCCAGUUCGAAUCAGAAAACAAGAGAAAAGCCCCCUGAGAUACCGUCCACGUUGACUGAUUAUGUGUCCAACCUGUUUGGGAAGUCUUCUGCUCCAACAAACACAACGGCGAGUGGCUCUGCUGGGACGUCCAGUACAGGGAGCGCUGCUUCUUCUAUUGGCCAACAGGGUGCAGAAGGCGGGAUGGAUGGUGGUUUGUACAGGCAGCCAGUGUCUAGAGGCAGCUCAUACAGCCCUGUCAGAAACCAUGGUGAGUAUGAGCAGCAGGAUAGCUAUGAGGGUGGUUAUCAACGUAGAGGACCAGUCUCUCCACCACCAUUAGAUAACAUGAUGGAGGAAAGUAACGAUGGGGUCGGUUGGAAGCCUCCGACCCCCUUAGGACCACCACCUGAUUCCCCAGAAGCAGAGCAAGACACACAGCAAGAGGAGACUUCUCUGGUGACUCCAGGGGUCAAAGCAGCUCUGAUGCAGAUGCUUCAAGCUCAAGGCCUUCCAGAACUUGGUAUGGACACUCAAGAGGACUGCGACGAGACUUCUAAUCCGGCUGAACCCCCUUCUCGCCAACACCGCGUACCUCUUGCUGGUACAUACAGAAAUAAUGCUCACCCAAAUAAUAACAGUCAUCACAGCGAGGUAACUGACGACUCGAGCGUUUCACAAGACUUUCCGGGGUUCAGAGGAGGGUCGAAUGCUGAUGCGGAGAGGGGUUGGGAAGAGGGAAAUGGAAAUGGAAGUCUAGGAGGGAGUCAUAGUGGUCAAUUUGGUAGGGAAUCCUUUUCAUCUAGUGGUAGUAGAAGUGGAUUCGGGACUGGAUCAAACUGGAGCUAAAAAAACUAUGUUCUUUCUUGUCCACUGAAGAAGAAAAAAGCGUGCCUAUAUAUUUGUUGCUGGAUUAUGAUAAAGAUGUGCAUAUAGUGACAGCUUUUAGGGGGCUUAGUUUUCUGACAAUCGCCUCUUUCUUUGCUUUUAAAAGUUCAAAAUUUAUGAUCGAGCUAAAGCUUCAGAUUUGAGGAAAAUGCACACAAAUAAACUGGCUGUUUUAGGGAGAUAAUUGUGUUGAACGCUACGACUAAAUUUGAAGAAAUGCUUGUUCUGUUUGUGGCAAAAGGGGAUAAAAAGAGUGGAUGAGCAUGCUUGCAUAAUGAUCCUUUGCCCUAAAAGUUGGAUUGAAGGCACUUGGAACCAAAAGCUCAAGCUUUCAUUAUAUUAGUAUUGAUUAUUAUUUUUUAAGUAAGGGAAGAUGAAAAUGUUCCAGCGAAUACAUGUGAACAACUUCAGUGAGUUGUUUACAAACUCCAAGUGAAAAAUAAGUUACCCAGCAUUGCUGUUACUUUUUAAUGAUUUAUUAAUGUUAUACGUAUGCUUUUCUUUGUUGUUCCAUCCCUGCUUAAAAAAUUGCAAGCUCACACAAAACAUUCUGUCAAAUUUUUACUUUUUGUUUAUGUUGUAUAUUAUGCUGACUUGUUCGAAACAUUCAAUGGGAAAUUAUUGUAAUCUCCUUAAAAUACACAAAUUGAUGACUACGAGAAAUCUGCACUCGGAUUUGUAAAAAAAAAUUACUUUUCGAUAUAUUCAAAGUUGUUCACCAAAAAUGAUGUGCACCACUUCACCCAUUGUGUUUUUGAUUGUUUAUAAAUAUGUUUUAUUAUUAUUCAGAUAUGCUGACACAUGUGUAUUUUGUCGGGUUCUAAACUAUUUGAGAAAGGUGUUCAGCUGUGUACAUUGAAACAGGGAGAAACAAAAUGCAUCAAUUCAUCGAUAGAGAAAUGUCAAACUUUUAUCAGAGUUCAGACUUUUUAAAGUCUGCGUGGUAAACAGAAAAUGCUGUAGUUUGCUCCUAAUUGAAAGUAAGGCUAUUUGAUCUACCUCUCUAGCUUUUUUGAGGAUACUGUUCCAAAAAGCUCCCGAUAAUCUAUAACUCUAGGUUAUCAAAAUAUGGAAAUGCUGUUUAAUCAAUGUAAAAUUUGUACAACUGAAGAUCUGAAUCUUAGUUUCAGACUUUAGUGGCGGCAGUCACUCUCACCCUUGUCUGAAACAACAGUUACUAUUUUGGUUGUACAAAUGUACGCUACACUUUCUGCACAUCACUAGCUUGUGAAGCAUCUAUACAAAUUGUUUAUGUGUACACGUACCACAGGCAUGACAUUCCUCCUUCUUUAAUCUGGUUCAUGAUAUUUUGGCCUAAGGGGAACAAAAAUCGUAAGAAUUAUGAUUGAAUAGCCUGAAAAGUCAUAUUAAAGGCAGUGGACACUAUUGGUAAUUACUCAA